AAGAAAAAGAGGCUGAAGUGUAAAGGAAACCAUCAAGAGAAUCACAGUGAAAUUCCCCGGGAAAAGUGGGGAGAAUCCUACAUCGAAGGAUUCUUUUUUUUUUUUUAAAUGUUGUUGUUAAAUUUUUUAUGCUUUUUGGCCGGUCGUCUCAAAUUCAUCUGAUCUCGUCUUUACCUCAAUUUUGGAAACCUCACCACCGACCCUCCAGGACCACACAGAUCGAGGACGACUUUUCGACCAAAAGCUGAACAAGAUGCAUUGUGAGAGGUUUCUAUCCAUCCUGAGAAUAAUUGGAACCACGCUUUUCGGAGUCUCAGUUCUGCUUGGACUCACAGCUGCUUAUAUUAUUGGCUACCAGUUUAUCUAUACGGAUAAUUACUACUUCUCCUUUGGACUGUAUGGUGCCUUUUUAGCAUCACACCUCAUCAUCCAAAGCGUGUUUGCCUUUUUGGAGCACCAGAAAAUGAAAAAAUCCCUAGAGACCCCCAUUAAGUUGAACAAAACAGUUGCUCUUUGUAUUGCUGCCUAUCAAGAAGACCCCACCUACUUAAGGAAAUGUUUGCAAUCUGUGAAGAGGCUCACCUACCCUGGGAUUAAAGUCAUCAUGGUCAUCGAUGGGAACUCGGAUGACGACCUUUACAUGAUGGACAUCUUCACUGAAAUUAUGGGCAGGGACAAAUCAGCUACUUAUAUUUGGAAGAACAACUUCCAUGAAAAGGGUCCCGGGGAGACAGAGGAGUCGCAUAAAGAAACCUCGCUACACGUAACGCAACUGGUCUUGUCCAACAAAAGUAUUUGCAUCAUGCAGAAGUGGGGUGGAAAAAGAGAAGUCAUGUACACGGCCUUCAGAGCCCUGGGACGAAGUGUGGAUUAUGUGCAGGUCUGUGAUUCAGACACCAUGCUGGACCCUGCCUCAUCUGUGGAGAUGGUGAAAGUUUUAGAAGAAGAUCCCAUGGUUGGAGGAGUGGGAGGAGAUGUCCAGAUCUUAAACAAGUAUGAUUCCUGGAUCUCCUUCCUCAGCAGUGUGAGAUACUGGAUGGCAUUUAACAUAGAGAGAGCUUGUCAGUCCUACUUCGGAUGCGUCCAGUGCAUCAGUGGACCUCUGGGAAUGUACAGAAACUCCUUGCUUAAUGAGUUUGUAGAAGACUGGUACAAUCAGGAAUUCAUGGGCAACAAAUGCAGUUUUGGUGAUGACCGACAUCUUACGAACCGGGUGCUGAGUCUGGGCUAUGCAACAAAAUACACAGCUCGAUCCAAGUGCCUUACUGAAACCCCUACAGCCUAUCUCAGGUGGUUAAACCAGCAGACCCGAUGGAGCAAGUCCUACUUUCGAGAGUGGCUGUACAAUGCAAUGUGGUUCCACAAACAUCACUUGUGGAUGACCUAUGAAGCCGUUAUCACUGGAUUCUUCCCUUUCUUUCUUAUUGCCACAGUCAUCCAGCUCUUCUACCGAGGAAAAAUUUGGAACAUCCUCCUUUUCUUAUUAAUUGUCCAGUUAGUGGGUCUCAUAAAAGCCUCCUUCGCCAGCUGCCUUAGAGGAAACAUUGUCAUGGUCUUCAUGUCCCUCUACUCAGUGUUGUACAUGUCAAGUUUACUUCCUGCCAAGAUGUUUGCAAUCACCACCAUAAACAAGGCUGGGUGGGGCACAUCUGGAAGGAAAACCAUCGUUGUUAAUUUCAUAGGACUCAUUCCCGUCACAGUUUGGGCUCUAAUUCUCUUGGGUGGUGUGAUUUUCACCAUUUACAAGGAAUCUAAAAAGCCAUUCACAGAAUUCAAACAGAACAUUCUAAUCAUUGGCGCGUUAGUUUACGCAUGCUAUUGGGUCAUGCUUUUGAUGCUGUAUGCGGUUCUCGUCAAUAAGUGUGGCAGGCGGAAGAAGGGGCAACAGUUUGACAUGGUGCUUGAUGUAUGAUCUGGCGUGGUCGGAAGUUUGUUGUCACACACACAGACACACAACACCUUAGGAUUCCUUUAGGAACGCGACGGUAUUGUGACAUCAGAUAAAUGCCACCAAAGGAGACAUAUCACUGCUGCUGAGACUUGAAGAAAAACAUUGCUAUGGGUUAAUGUUGAUUUCUGCCAAAGUAAAAUGAUCCAUCAAACAGGAAGAAACUCAAAUGUAGCCUUUAAUUCCUAUGAAAAUGGGAGGGCUUUUGUUUAUGCACUUUUCCCUUACUGUGCAUUUGCCUGUCAGUGUUUGCCCUAUAUACCUCACUAGCCAUGCUUUAUGUGGGUUACAUGGAAGAAAAGGAUUUUAAGAACUCAAGGAAAAGUCUUUCAACCUUUACAACCUAACUUAUGGACUGUUUUGAUAGCUAUUUUUUUUUAGGAAUGAUUUUUAUCUCUACCAAAUGAAUAUGCCAAAGGAAUUUUUAAGAGCUCUUGGCUGUGCUGUAUUUUUAUAUAACUGUACUGUGUUUUAAAAUUUUGUAUGCCAAUUUUUAAAACAAAUUUUGCAUAUUCUAUAUUUUACUUCUCUGCCAAAAUACACUUGUUCUUCCUCUUUUUAAAUAAAUAGGUUUUGAAAAAAUUUCAUACUUAAAAAAAACCUGCCCAAAAUGUGAAGCUUGGUUGAAUCAUGUUGUUCGUGAUAGAAAGAAUAAAAUGUUUCUCUCUUACACCCUUGUAAAAUUGAAUAGUUUAUUUCUGUGAAAAAAAAAUAUUUAAAACUUUGAAUUUUUUUUUUAACUUAACAAAACAUUUCCUUUUAGAAAAGGCCAGUAU